GGGCUGCUGGGAGCUGUAGUAGGGGGCGGGGAGAAGAUGGCGUCCAAAGUGAGCCUGGUGCUGCGGCCGGUGAAGAGCAUCGUGGUCCGGUUCUGCCCCUUCGAGCCCAACGUGGAGAGCACCAGAAAAUUUCUCCAAAGUAUUUACCAUAAAAAAGUCCAAGCUACUAAUACAAACUGUGAAGUAACUACUGAUGUGAGACAUGAUGGAUCUGAACCAGUUGUAGAUGUUACAUUUGCUGAUGGAGAUCGACUGAUAAUGAAGGGAGCCCACCUGACAACAGGGGAAAUGUUAACAGCACUGGCAUCCAGAUGUAAUGCAAAAGACCUUAAAGAAGAACAGAAAAGCAAGAAGAAGAAUCCCUGAAGAAUGGAAAAACUACUGUGUUUGCAUUGACAUGUGUUAGAAACAGCAGGCUGCACAGAAGGCUUUUUCCUAUGCAACAAAAUCUGAGAGAUGGCCAAAAGACUUUAAAUGUUCACUGCCUUCCCUUGAAAGAGAACAUACUAGAUCAACAGAUCUUCUAACAUUAGGGGUUGAGAGUGGCAUAAGAUGCAUGAAUGCAUCUUUCCAAGCAGCUGCAUGUUGGACUAAUAUCACUUGUAUUUGCAUUUCAAUGUGAAUAAUGCACAUUAGCUAUUAAAUUAAUACUACAACGAAGCCAGAUCUCUUUGGACAUUAUUUCCUACAAAAUUUCUAUAAGUGUAUGCACAGAACAUAUUUAGAGUGGCUAUUAUUAUUCUUGGAAAGCUAUUAAAUUUAUCAAAAAUUUGAAGAAAACCUUAAAAAGUAUUGACUUAGCUGAGGGACAGCAGGCUGCAAAUGUAGAGUGGGUUUUGUACUACUAUGUUUAUAAUACAUCUGUUGCUAAGUCCCUACCAUUUUCUUCCUCUUUUUUUGAAGGAAGUGGGUAAUUUGCUAAAUGUAAAUUUAGCUGAGCUAUUAAAGUAACAAGGUUAUGGGACUGUCAACACACAGCAGAGUUACUCAUCCUGAAUAAAAGUAACUAAGAUUAGCUCAAGUUAGUUUUUUUGAUAAUUGGAGAAAAGGGCUCUCUUUGAAGUUCAGUUUUGUAGUGGUUUUGUCACUCUUGGGAUAUUUCAUUAACUAUUUUGUUGUUUAUAGUCCCAUGUUCAACCCUAUCAUUUAUUAAAGUAACUGCUUAGGUGUCUCAUCUGUAUUGCAAAGCUCUGUUUCAAAGGGUCAAUCUCCUCUGGCUGUGCAGGUGGAGGUGUCAGCUCCACGUGUUUCAUGUGCAUCAGUUUUGUUCAUAACAAAAAUGUAGUUCCAAUUUUGAGCAUUGCAGGUGUGGUACUCUUGAGAGGCUUUACCUCUACCUUUUUAUAAUCAGAUGCCUGAUUUCUCUAAAACUAAUACAUGUAUUUUCAAAGUUGGCAGCAGAUUUAGGACACAAAUCUGAAACUAGUUUUACUUUACUUUUUGCCAAGAUUAUUAAAUGGACUCUGUCCAUUCUGAAAACAAGAUGGUUCUGUCAAGUUAAGUCUUUACAAGUUCUUCAUUAGAAUGUUGAAGUCAAGGUGAUGUCUUAUGUUGGAGAAGGAGAGCUGUGCUAAAGACAUUGGGUGUUUUCCAUGUGUUUGCAACAAACAGAAGAGUGUGAGAUAAGACAAUUCAUUGAAAUUUGGAUGUGUGAACAAUAGAUGUGAAUAAAUUUGUCUGGGAUAAA